CGUACGUCACGGGAGGACUGGGCCAUUCGGCCGCAGUGUUGACGCGUCGCUUAGCAACCAGGAGGCUUACCUUUGGAAGCUUGUUGCGGCUCUUGCCACGGUCCUUCCCUCUUCCCGCCCCUCCCCUCCCUCAACUCCCUUCACCUAGGAGCUGCCAAACAUCUGGAUCAACCUGGGCACUUCGAGGGGUUGAAUUUCUACCAGUAACGCGCCUUUUUACAUUUUUUCCCGAACUCCUUCUCACAUCCGUAAAACCCACUGAUUCUUGUACUACACGUUUUAUGAGAACAAGGCAUUUUCUAGGAAGAUGGUGGCAGAAAAAGAGACCCUGAGCUUAAACAAAUGCCCAGACAAGAUGCCGAAGAGGACCAAGCUGCUGGCACAACAGCCGCUCCCGGUGCAUCAGCCUCACUCCCUGGUUUCUGAGGGCUUCACAGUCAAAGCCAUGAUGAAAAACUCAGUCGUGAGAGGCCCUCCAGCUGCAGGAGCAUUUAAAGAAAGACCAACCAAGCCCACAGCAUUUCGGAAAUUUUAUGAACGAGGAGACUUCCCAAUUGCCCUUGAGCAUGACUCAAAAGGAAACAAAAUAGCAUGGAAGGUAGAAAUUGAGAAGCUGGAUUACCAUCAUUAUCUGCCCCUGUUUUUUGAUGGGCUCUGUGAAAUGACAUUUCCCUACGAGUUUUUUGCUCGGCAAGGAAUCCACGACAUGCUGGAACACGGGGGGAACAAGAUUCUUCCUGUCAUUCCACAGCUCAUUAUCCCGAUAAAAAAUGCCUUGAACCUUCGAAACCGACAGGUCAUCUGCGUCACUCUUAAAGUCCUCCAGCAUCUGGUUGUGUCCGCUGAGAUGGUGGGUGAAGCUUUGGUGCCCUAUUACCGGCAAAUCCUCCCCAUCCUGAACAUCUUUAAGAAUAUGAAUGUGAACUCGGGAGAUGGCAUCGACUACAGCCAGCAGAAGAGGGAGAACAUCGGCGACCUGAUCCAGGAGACGCUGCAAGCGCUCGAGCGCUACGGCGGGGAGGACGCGUUCAUCAACAUCAAGUACAUGGUCCCCACCUACGAAUCGUGCGUGCUCAACUAGCGGCGGGCGGCCGCGGCGGCCGCGGGCUCCCCUCCCGGGCCCGCGCUCCCGUCAUCCGUCUCUGCUACUUUCGGCAUCUCAUUCCUGGUGACUUCUACAGCUUUCUUUUCUACAGCUGCUAAAAUAGUGGCUUAUGGGCCAUUGGACCGUUAGCCCUAUUGAGAGCAAGGCUUUCCAAUACAUAAAUAGUGCCUGUUUCUUAGAUUACAAUAGCGUACUGUGCUUAUUUGUUCUCAGAGAAGAAUUGCUUCUUUAUACAGCUCGGACAGAAGCAGGAGUCCGAGUUAAACCUUCAGUUGUAUAGACAAUAAAACUAUAAUUUUCAUGUGCAAUUCAGCAAUUGCUAUUCUGUGUCUGCCUGCCCCGAGGGUGAUGUCAGAGGUUGUAAGGGAAGAGUUUAUGCUGACUGCUUAAUAGGUGUUUGUCAUGGAAGAGAAACCCUCGUUCUGCAGCACCUCUCCAGCAGCUGGGCAGAACUCUGUGCUUUGACAUUCAAUAAAACUGUUGAAUCUCUA